CUUUAUUGUGCAACUAGGAAAGUAGUCCGUGUUCAUUGUUUACAAAAAAAUAUAUAUAUUCUGCACUGUCCUGCAUCAGAUGUAUAAAAAGUACAGGGUACUUAUAUAAAAAAGUAUAAUGGACAGGGAAACUGAGCUCUUCUAUCGACAGAUACCUAAAGUUGAGCUCCAUGCACAUCUUAACGGCUCCGUCGGCUUCACGACGAUGAAUAAACUAAUCGCCCGAAAGCCGCAUCUGAACAUCGAGUCCAGCAGGACGGCCAUCCACAACGGACAGCGCCGCACACUGGACGAAUGUUUCCAGGUUUUCAAAGUGAUCCAUCAGCUUGUUGAUUCCGAGGAAGACAUUUUGAUGGUUGCCAAAUCUGUUAUUGAGGAGUUUGCUGCGGAUGGAGUAAAGUACCUGGAACUGCGCAGCACUCCACGGGAAGAAACCAAAACAGGUCUCUCCAAAAGAAGAUAUAUUGAGACAGUCCUUGAAGCCAUCCAUCAGUGUAAGCAAGACGAAGUGGACAUAGAUGUCAGGUUUCUUGUGGCUGUGGAUCGCAGAAAUGGCCCUGAGGUUGCUAUGGAGACGGUGAAGCUAGCCGAGGACUUCAUGUUGUCCAGUGACGGUGUGGUGGUGGGACUGGACCUCAGCGGUGACCCUACGGUAGGGCAUGGAAAAGACUUUCUUCCUGCUCUUCAGAGGGCCAAGAACUGUGGCCUCAAGCUGGCGUUGCACAUGUCUGAGGUUCCUUCUCAGAAGGCGGAGUCAGAGCUGCUGUUGGAUUUGCCUCCAGACAGAAUUGGCCACGGAACCUUUUUACACCCCGAAGCAGGAGGUACAGACAUCCUCGUGGAUAAAGUUUGUAAGCUAAACAUCCCUUUGGAACUGUGCCUAACCUCUAAUGUCAAAGGCCAGACAGUACCUUCAUACGAAAAGCACCACUUCCAGUACUGGUAUGAGUGCAAGCACCCGUCUGUGCUUUGUACGGACGAUAAGGGGGUGUUUUGUACCAAUCUGUCUCGGGAGUACAGCUUGGCUGCGUCUACGUUCGGCCUCACUCGGGAAGCUGUGUGGUCUCUUUCCCAGCAAGCAAUUCAAUGCAGUUUUGCCCCAGAGGCUGUAAAGCAGAAGCUGGAGCAGAGGUGGGCGGAGCUAAGACCUCACAUCCUUCACUGAUGAGGAUGAUGCUCUUUACUCUCUCAGCUGCUCUGUAUGUCUGUGGUAUUUUAUCGGGGUAAUACGACAUGCUCGAGAUACUGAACGUAUUUGAAUUUAGCUGUUUGAAUGUUUGUAACUGAACACAUUUCAAAUGUUUGUCUAUAUACCUAACACAGACCUGACCUCUAUAACCAUGGAGGUCAGGGAUACAGGUUUAAUUGCUUCAGUGUUUAGGUCUGUUCAUGAUUUCCUGUUUCUGUAUCAACCCUAAUUUUUGGAUGUCAUAAAUAUUCCUGUGAUUUUGACGUUA